AUGUUGAAGCCUGUUUUAAUCAUCUUUAUCAUUUUCUCCCUCUACACAGCCUCCACAGCCCAAUCAUCAUGCUCCACACACACCUUCCCAAGCAACCAAAUCUUCAGCACGUGCAUCGACCUCCCGAUCCUCAACUCACACCUCCACUGGAAUUACGACACCUCAGCAAGAACCCUAAAUAUUGCGUACCGCCACACGGGCAUCUCCCCCUCCAGGUGGAUAGCGUGGGCCCUCAACCCAACGGGCCAGGGCAUGGUCGGGGCCCAAGCCCUCGUGGCCCACCAAAGGCCCGACGGCAGCAUGAGGGCCUACACCUCCCCUGUCACCAGUUACCAGACCCGUCUCCAGGAAGGGAACCUCGGCUUCCCCGUUUCGGAUCUGUCCGCCACUUACUCGGAGGGCGAAAUGGUCAUUUUCGCCACCUUGAGACUCGACAAUUUCAGCUUGGGUGGGAAAGUUAAUCAGGUUUGGCAGGAAGGGCCCGUCUCUGGGGGCUUCCCGGGAAUGCAUCAGACGACAGGGGCUAAUAUGCAAUCGGUCGGGAGUUUGGAUUUGCUGUCGGGCUCGAUUCAUGGAGUGCUGAAUGCAAUAAGCUGGGGUCUCCUAUUGCCAAUUGGAGCUAUUUUUGCAAGGUAUUUAAAAGUAUUCCCUUGGGCCGAUCCUGCAUGGUUUUAUCUUCACGCGACCUGCCAAACCUCGGCCUACAUCAUUGGGGUUGCGGGCUGGGCCACGGGCCUACGGUUGGGAAGCCAAUCUUCUGGAGUCCAAUACACGGCCCACAGGAUUAUCGGCAUCGUCAUCUUUUGCCUUGGAACCCUACAGGUGACUGCACUGCUGUUGAGGCCGAAAAAGGAGCACAAGCACAGAAUCUACUGGAAUGUGUACCACCACACGAUCGGCUACUCGGUUAUAAUCCUCAGCAUUAUCAACAUUUUCAAAGGUUUUGACAUUCUAAAUCCGGCUGAGAAGUGGAAAAGAGCCUACGUGGGGAUACUAAUAGGUCUGGCUUUUCUUGGUGCAAUUUUGGAGGCCUACACGUGGUGUGUAGUUUUAAAGAGGAAAAAAUCGAGCCGCUCUCAGAAAAUGGCUAAUGGAGGUAAUGCUUACAGUGGAUAUGGAGCAUCAAGAGCACAUGAAUAUAGA